AUACUCUGGGUAGCGGGGAUAGACACGAAGGUUCGGUUGUUUAUAUUUUGCUGAAUAGAUUGGGUUAUGGUAAAAAUGACGAGUCAUGAAGAAUUAGUCGCCCAAUUUUCCGAUGUGACCAGUGUAGAUGCUGAAGGAGCUCAAUUUUUCUUAGAAUCUGCAGGGUGGCAACUCGAUGUCGCUCUUGCAAGUUUCUAUGAAACUGAUGAACAAGGUGCAACAGCAAGUGGAGCGACUGCAGACAUUAUUCCAAAUGAAAGUACACAGGAAACGAGCACCAGCGAGCAGCAACCGAAAGAAGUGAAUCAAGCAAAUUAUAAUGCCGCGACUAGACAGAAGAUCGCAACUCUUAAAGAUUUACAGAAAAACCACAACAGUUCUGAUGAAGAAGAAGGGCAAGCCUUUUACGCCGGAGGCUCCGAAAAUAGCGGACAGCAAGUUUAUGGGCCGGGGAAAAAAGACCUCAUAUCAGAAAUGUUCAAGUCAUGUAAAGAACAAUCACUGUCUAUAGAAAGCAAGUCGAAAAAGGAAAAGGGUGAAAAUUCUUUUAGCGGCACCGGAUACAAGUUAGGUCAAGCGAGUAAUGAUGUUGAAGUUGUUGCAGCACCAUCUUCAGCUCAAGAAGCAGAUUGUACACUUAUUACAUUAAAGCUUUGGCGCAAUGGUUUUACUAUAAAUGAAAGAGGUCUCAGAUCGUACAAUGAUCCGAAAAACACAGAGUUCCUAAACGCCAUAAAACGUGGAGAAGUACCUAUAGAAAUUCAGCAAGAAAUUCAUUCAGGGGAAGUUCGUCUUGAUAUGGAAGACCAUCGCAACGAAGAGUAUACUCCUCCGAAAAUUCAACUGAAUGUUUUCUCUGGAAAAGGAUAUACCUUAGGAAGCCCAUCUCCUGCUACGGUCAGCAUGCCCGUAGUAACAAAUAUUGUAGACGCAGAUGCCAACGAAAGACAAGCUAGAACUGAUUUAAAUUUCGAUGCUAAUAAUCCAUCGACGACUAUUCAAAUUCGUUUCGCUGAUGGCAGCCACGUGAGGGAAAACUUUAAUUUAUCUCACACUAUUGGUGAUCUUCGUCGAUUCAUCACAACUUUACGACCUCAAUACGCAUCGCUGAGCUUCAGAAUUCUUACUGCUUAUCCCACAAAGGAAUUAAAUGAAGAAAGUGUUACGGUCGCCGAUGCUAAUUUACAAAAUUCUACUGUUAUUCAACGACUGAAGUGAUGAUUAAUUCUGCAAUAUUCUAUUUAUUCAAUUUGAAAAUUUUGUUACAUGGAAUUACUUUACCAUUUGGCUUUUUUAUUACAAUUUAUGUCUUUAAUUAAUUCACCUAGCGAUGGAAAUACAUAGAAAAAGUUUUUUGAAUAAACAAAUCGUACAGUUAA